AUGCUCACACUUUUGAGCAUCAGGCUGCGGUCUUCAAGUCAAGCAGGGAAUGCCUGCGACGGGUACAGGACCAGCAACAGUGCCGGCGCUGGUCAACAUCUCUUUCACCGAGGCAAAGUCUCGCAACUAUCCCCAGCAGUGUGGGUCUGUCAGCUGAGAAGCCUUGCUAUCAAGCAGGAGAACCCAAAUACUGUAUCCUGCGAUGCCUAUCAAAUUGACAUUUACCGCCAAGAGGACGGCCGCUGGGUCAAAGAAGGCAAGAUGGCAGCAAGUCUCCGUGAGACAGACGAGGCAAUUGCUAUGGCUGCGUACUACCAGCCGAAGCCGCGUCUUAGGCGCCUCCCCCAGCAGUGCAGCAUUUUACAUUGCUCGAAUUUGCAUCAUUGGCCUAAUUUGGCUUUGACUUCUUUCGUUCUCGCCUGA